AUGUUGCUGUGCCUGCAUGUGCUUCUGCGGUCUGUGUUUGUCUUCGAGGCCCGACGCAGCUGCGCUCAUUUUUUUGCGUUUCUGUUCACUCUGCAGUACUGCAAGCACGGCAUGUGUGUGAACAAGGAGUUCGACCUGCAGCCGGUCCACGGGGAGUGGGGUCCCUGGGGGCCCUACAGUGUUUGCUCCAGGUCCUGUGGCGGAGGAACCCGCAGCACCGCCCGAGACUGCAACAAGCCCGAGCCCAGAAACGGCGGGAAGUUCUGCGUCGGCCGCAGGAUGAAGUUCCGCUCCUGCAACACCGAGCCGUGUCCGCGGGGACAGAAGGACUUCCGCGAGGAGCAGUGCUCGCACUUCGACGGCAAGCACUUCAACAUCAACGGGCUGCCUCCCACCGUCCGCUGGGUGCCCAAGUAUAGCGGCAUAUUAAUGAAGGAUCGCUGUAAGCUGUUCUGCCGGGUCACUGGGACCAUGGCGUACUAUCAGCUGAAGGACCGCGUCACCGACGGCACGCCAUGUGGACCAGAUACUUACGACAUCUGUGUUCAAGGCCUCUGCAGGCAAGCGGGCUGCGACCACGUUCUCAACUCCAAGGCCAGGAACGACAAGUGCGGAGUGUGCGGCGGGGACAACUCGUCGUGCAAGACCCUCUCGGGGACCUUCAACGAUGCUCAGUACGGCUACAACACAGUGGUGCGGAUCCCAGCCGGAGCCACCAACAUCGACAUCAAACAGGUCAGCUACUCUGGAAAGCCGGAGGACGACAACUACCUCGCGUUAUCUGACAACCUGUCCAACUCUGUCCUGAAUGGGAACUUUGUGGUGGCCAUGUUCAAAAGAGAAAUCACCUUCAAGGGAACCGUCAUCGACUACAGCGGCUCGGACACGGAAGUGGAGCGCAUCAACUGCACGGACCGCAUCGAGGACGAGCUCGUUCUGCAGGUCCUGUGUGUGGGAAACCUCCACAACCCAGACGUCCGUUACUCCUUCAACAUACCCAUCGAGGAGCACAGGGAGCAGUUUGUGUGGGAGCCCUCGGGCUCCUGGCUCGACUGCAGCCGCAUCUGCCAGGGAGAGCGACGGCGGAAGGCCGCGUGCGUGCGCAAGAGCGACCACCUCGAGGUGUCUGACCAGCGCUGCGAGCACCUGCCGCGUCCCGUUGCCGCCGCCGAGCCCUGCAACCCGGAUUGUGAAGUCAGGUGGCACGUCGCCGGGAAGAGCGAGUGUUCCGCCAAGUGCGGCCCCGGCUACCGCAGCUUGGACGUCCAGUGCGUGAAGUACAGCCUGAGGAAGAGACAGAGCGACCGGAUGGAGGCCGGCGCGUGCGGAGACGCCGCCAAGCCUCAGACCAGGGAGCCGUGCCACGGGGACUGUCUGCUGAAGAGCUGGCAGUACGGCGCCUGGUCACAGUGCUCCAAGACCUGCGGGCGCGGGAGCCGCACCCGGGAGUCCUACUGCAUGAACAACCGGGGCAGGCGGCUGGUGGACAGCGAGUGCGGCGAAUACCAGCGGCUGGUCACCGAAGCCUGCGGCGAGCAGCCGUGCCCCAAGUGGACAGGGAGCGAGUGGAGCGAGUGCCCGGUGACCUGUGGGAAGGGGACGAGACACCGCCAAGUGUCCUGCAGCACGGGGGCCGGGCAGGAAAAGCUAAGCGAGCACCUCUGCGACCCGUCCAGCAAGCCCGCCUCCGUGGGCGGCUGCGAGCUGCCCGACUGCGCGUCCUGGCAGGUCGGCGUCUGGGGAACGUGCGCGGUGACCUGCGGCCAUGGCUACCAGAUGAGAGCGGUUAGGUGUGUGUCGGGGCAAUACGGCGACACGGUGGACGACAGGGAGUGCAACGCCGCAGCGAGGCCUAGAGACAGUCAGGACUGCGAGACGCCGGCGUGUCCCUGGGCCUCUCCGGUUCAAAGCACGGCUCGUCCUGAUAACUUUGCUCGGAUCGUGACCCAGUGGAGAUACGGCUCCUGGACUGCGUGCUCCGUGUCCUGUGGAAAGGGGACGCGGGAGCGCUACGUCAGCUGCCGAGACGCCCGGGGAGGAGUCGCUGACGAGUCGCACUGCACCCACCUGCCCCGGCCCCCCGAGUCCUCGGCCUGCUUCAGCCCCUGCGGCCAAUGGCGCGCCGGGGAGUGGUCCCCUUGCUCGGUGACCUGUGGCGUCGGAAGAGCCACCAGGCAGGUGGUCUGCUCCAACUACCACCAGCCGGUGGAGCGCUCCUUCUGCGACCCGGAUGAGCAGAUCGCGACGGAGCAAGAGUGCACGGCGGCGCCCUGCCCCUCCGUCUACAGCCGCCGGCGCAGCGAUGAGCAGCCCUACGGGUACCCGCAGGACCCCGGGCGCCACCCGGGCCACAGCAGCUGGAACGUGCCUUCGGCGGACAACCAGUGGAGGACGGGACCCUGGGGCGCAUGUUCCAGCACCUGUGCGGGCGGGUUCCAGAGGCGAGUGGUGGUGUGCCAGGACGCCGACGGACGCAGCAACAGCUACUGCGACGAGAGGGUCAAACCUGACGAGUCCAAGCGCUGCGACUCGGGACCUUGCCCCGUGUGGAACUUCGGUGUCUGGGGAGAAUGCACACAGACCUGCGGCGGCGGAAGGAGGACCCGCCUGGUGGUUUGUCAGAGGCCCAGCGGCCAGAUGCUGAACGUCUACAACUGCGACAUCCUGGACAAGCCGCCCGACGUGGAGCAGUGCAACCUGCAGCCCUGCCCAGGCUCCGCCUCCUGGCAGCGCCGACCAUGGAAGCCGUGUUCAGUGAGUUGCGGUCGAGGGACCAAGCAGCGGGAGAUCGCCUGCGUGUAUCCGAACCAAACCAAAGCGGAGGAGGGGCACUGCGGUCAUCUUCCCCGGCCGCGGACGCAGAAGUCCUGUCGGGCUCGGCGAUGCCCGAGCUGGAGGGCCAACAGGUGGACGCAGUGUUCCGUUACCUGUGGAGUGGGAGUUCAGAACCGACGUGUUUACUGCAGACUAAAAGGCACUGGGCAGGUCAGGGAGGAUCUCUGCGGCGCUCACCUGCGUCUCGCCGCCGUGCGGCCUUGCCAAGCCGCCGAAUGCACGCGCUACUCUUGGCUCGCGGGUGAAUGGGAAGACUGCAAUGCAACAUGUGGAGAAGGCACGAGGAGCAGGAAGGUGGGCUGCAUGGGCCCGGGGGCGACGCCCGUCCAGGCGGAUUACUGCGAGCCGGCGUCCCAGCCGCCAUCACAGCAGCCCUGCAGUGGAGCUCCCUGCCGCCACGCGUGGAUGACAGGGGAGUGGUCUCAGUGCUCGGCCAGCUGUGGGGUGGGAUACCAACAACGCGUGGCCUCCUGCUCCGUGAUGCCCUCCUCUCCGGCCCGGCGCCCGUACGCCGCCACGCCUUCCUCCUCCAGCAGCCGCUGCCCCGAGCCCCGGCCUCCUGGCUCCAGGCCCUGCCUCCUCAGGGACUGCCCGCACUCAGCCCACUGGAAAGUCGGGCCUUGGAGCAAGUGUUCGCAGACCUGUGGGGCCGGAGUGAUGCAGCGCGGCGUGGAGUGCGUGACCUCCAAAGGCCAACCGUCCAAACAUUGCCGUCCUGCAGGAAGGCCUGCGCCUCACGCUGCGUGUCAAGACGCCGAAUGCCAGUCGUUCGCCUCAUGUCGAGAUGUCCAGACGAGGCUCGGCGCGAAGAUCGACGGGGAGUACUAUCUCAAAGUGAAGUCCCGGAUACUGCAGAUUUACUGUGCUGAGAUGCAGACUGAUUUCCCCAAGGAGUACGUGACCUUACGCAGCGGUCAGACGGACAACUACUCAGAGGUGUAUGGGAACAGGUUGCUGAACCCCUUUGAAUGUCCGUUUAACGGCAGCCGAAGGCAGGACUGCGACUGCAGGAACGACUACUCGGCAGCUGGAUACACCGUCUUCCACAAGGUCCGCCUGGACCUAAGCUCCCUGAGGAUAAUGAUCACAGACCUGCAGUUCUCCCAGACCCUUCUCGGUCGACCUGUGCCCUUUGGUACGGCGGGAGAUUGUUAUAGUGCGGCCAAGUGUCCCCAGGGCCAGUUCAGCAUCAAUCUGAUUGGCACUGGUCUGAAAUUGGCCGAGGAAACCAAGUGGACAUCACAAGGCAACUAUGUUUCCAUCAAAGUUCACAGAUCUGAGGACGGAAAAAGAAUCUACGGCCGCUGUGGGGGUUUCUGUGGGAAGUGCAUUCCCCAGACUAACAACGGCCUACUCCUCCGAGUCCACUGAGGGCCACGCGGGGAACAGAAAAACCCCGAAGCAACGCUGAAGAACUGUCGCAGAAAUAUGCAGAAACAGCGAUUGGUCGGACCCCCGUCGCCCGCCAUGUGGAGGUGUGGUGGAGGAGCAUUUCGCAGUAACCGUCCGGCUGUAACGUUACCCACUUCCCCAACGGCAGCUAAAGCAUUCAAGGACCUUCCAUCCUAACUGCUAGAUCUGAAGAAGAGCCGGCUGUAUCUGCAUGCCAACUGUGUUGCAAUCACUAUCAAACACGUCCGUGCUUUGGAACCUGCGAUGUUUUAGCUUAACACUGUUGUGUGUUGUCUUUAGCGUUACACAAAGGGAUAGUUCGAGACACUGGCAAGGAAAACGUUGUACGUGAAGGAAGGGACGCGUAUCUUUUAAAAAACACGUUUUCAUAUGGUUUUCCUGGUGGAGCUCAUGCUAUGAAAGAAUAUGACCGAUAAAAUAUUUGUUUUAAGAAUGAUCCAGCAAUCACUAAGAAAGUAUACAGAUUAAUAUACUGUAUUUUUGUAUUAAUCAUUGUAAUCCUCUGCUAAAAAGAAGUGCUAAAACUCAUAGAGUAGAAAUAGUAUGCAAGGGAUGUAUUAUUUUAGGCUAAUACGAAAACCUCUAAAUGAGCUACACUGCAGACCAUCUUGACCUUACAGACGUUUAAAAGGAACAGUUUGACAUGUUGUUUUUCUGGUUGGGAGUUAGAUGGGAAGAUAUCACGCAGUGUUUACGAUAAAUCUUUCCUUUGAGGUGCCAGACUCGGAGAAAGCGUAAGCGAGCAACUAACUACUGAUACGACCUGCCGAGGUCAAAUUUUCGGAGGGCGCGAGAAGCCUGCAAAAUGGUUUUACUUUUCAUUGUUACGUAUUUCUAAAGUCUGUCGUCGGGUAUUACGCAACGCCACUACGGUUACUAUUACGGACACAGAAUAAACACUGGCGAUGUGAGGAGUAAAUAGCUGAAAUGUUUCCUGGUGUAGUAGUGAGCAUAAAAGUCUUCUUUUGCUUUGUCAAACAAAGAGGGUUCUGUUCUCUUUGGAUUGUUUUUCUUCUUCGAAUGAAGCCACACAAAACCAAUUCUAAUCUGUUACGGCGUGACACAGUGUCCUCCAUUGGGCCUACUGUAGGUGCCUGCAACCCCUACCUCUUACAAACACUCAUACUCUACCGAGAUAUGCGUUGUGAUAUAUUUAUGUUGACCAUAUUUAUUCUGUAAUGACUGUAGAUAUGUUCAAUGUUUUAAGGUACAAUGACUACUACCAACGAAGAAGCCAUUGUCUGUUUUUUUCUUGUCUGCUUUGCUAAAAAAGAAAAAAGUAUUAGCCUACUACUAUAUGUCGUGUUGAACCACUAAUCUUCUGAAUGGUGCUGUUGGAACUACUGGAAUUGCUUCUGAUCUUGUGAAGAAAAACACUGGCUUUUAACAUUUCGGCCAACGUGGGAUGGGCCCGUAACGCAUGUAACUGCCCUCUUAUUAUUGUAGCUGAAUAAACUGGCCUCGAGGUUGCCAGAAAGUUCAGGAGAACCAAGGCAUGAGGAGGUCCGUCCUCCGGUAGUACUCGACUCAUUAAAAAUGACUUUCACAAUGACCACCACAGCUAUCGACCUAACAUGCUUGUAAGCUUUACCCAAAGUUAGAACAUAGACGCGCAUUUUUCUCUCCUCAGACAAUGCCGCCCCUUUUUGAUUUUAAGACCAGCUGAUAAAGAAAUACAAGUAAUGAGCAGCUAGAAAACCUUUGGCCAUCAUUUGUUUUUGUGAUGGGCAAUUGUUCUAUGAGGUCUGUAUCAGAAAUUGAAAGAAUACUUGAUGCACUAUGUGCCAUACGUGUUGUAGAGAUGUAAUCCUUUUUUGUAAUAACCCUUAAGAUUUGUAACUUAUGAUAUGUAGUGUAUUUUUUAAUAUUCAUACUUGAAUGAAUUGUAAACAGUGUGCUAUAUUGAAGGGUCAUUGGUAGUGAAUAGAGAAACAGUGUGCAGUCAGUUUGCCAUGCUUUAUCCAAAGAUAUUUUUAAGAAUCAUAUGUACCCACAGUAUGUAUGUAGCCUGUGGUAAAGACAUGAAUGAUUGAUGCUGGUGCUAUGCCCUCUAAUCGUACCUAUUCUGUGUAAUGUGUAUGUCUUGCUACUAUACUAACACUGUUAAACAUAAGUAAUAAUAAAACAGGCUUUUCAGCUGA